AGUGAGGGAGCCCGCGGCGCGAGGACGCGAGGGGGCCGCACGCGGUUUCCAUGUGCAGGGAGACGCGGCCCAGCAGGCGCCAGUGCGAGCCCCGCCGCGGCGAUGAAGUUCGCUUACAGGUUCUCUAACUUGUUGGGCACAGUUUAUCGGCGUGGGAACCUGCAUUUCACCCCAGAUGGUAACUCCGUCAUCAGCCCCAUCGGGAACAGAGUUACUGUCUUUGACCUGAAAAACAAUAAGUCAGAAACAUUACCAUUGGCAACACGGCACAAUAUCACAUGUGUGGGACUCUCUCCAGAUGGAAGUCUUGCCAUAUUAGUUGAUGAAGAGGGAGCUGCCUUGCUUGUCAGUUUGAUUGGUAAAUCUGUGAUACAUCAGUUCCAUUUUCAGAAGCCAGUGCACUGUGUCUGCUUUUCCCCAGAUGGCAGGAAAUUUGUGAUCACAAAGGACAAUGUUGCUCUUAUGUACCAUGCCCCUGGGAAGAAACGAGAAUUUAAUGCCUUUGUUCUGGACAAAACUUACUAUGGUCCAUACGAUGAAACAACAUGCAUUGACUGGACUGAUGAUUCCAAGUGUUUUGCAGUCGGUAGCAAGGACAUGUCAACAUGGGUGUUCGGAGCUGAGCGAUGGGUUAACCUGAUCUAUUACUCUCUGGGAGGGCAUAAAGAUGCAAUCGUAGCCUGCUUUUUUGAAGAGAAUAGUCUUGAUCUGUACACAAUUAGCCAGGAUGGCGCCCUGUGUGUAUGGCAGUGUGAUACAGACUUGGAUGGUCUGAAGCCCAGGCCUCCCAAAGACACAGGAGAAGAUAAGAAUGAAUCAGUAGAAAACCUGGGUGAAGAGUUUAUUGAAGAGCCCAAGGGUGAGGAGAUUCAUGGAAAAGCAACUACAAAUGAAAAAGAAAGGAGAGAUAAAGUGAAAUAUUCACGUGCUGCAAAGUACUUUUUCAACAAAGAAGGAGAUUUUAAUAACCUGACAUCUGCAGCUUAUCACAGGAAAACGCACCUUCUAGUCACUGGUUUUGCUUCUGGAAUUUUUCACCUACAUGAGCUUCCAGAGUUCAACCUCAUCCAUUCCUUAAGUAUUUCAGACCAGAGGAUUGCGACUAUUUCUAUCAACUCCACUGGUGACUGGAUUGCUUUUGGAUGUUCAGGUCUGGGUCAGCUGCUGGUGUGGGAAUGGCAAAGUGAGUCUUAUGUGCUGAAGCAGCAGGGCCAUUUCAACAGUAUGGUCUCAUUGGCAUAUUCUCCAGAUGGGCAAUACUUAGUUACUGGAGGGGAUGAUGGGAAAGUGAAAGUUUGGAACACCAGUAGCAGCUUCUGCUUUGUCACUUUUACAGAGCAUACCAGCAGCAUCUCUGCUGUAACUUUUACCUCCACCGGUUAUGUCAUUCUUAGUGCUUCCCUGGAUGGAACAGUCCGAGCCUUUGAUCUUCACAGAUAUCGCAAUUUCCGCACCUUCACUUCUCCACGACCAGCCCAGUUCUCUUGCUUAGCAGUGGACUCCAGUGGUGAGAUUAUUUCAGCUGGUUCCCAAGACUCGUUUGACAUAUUUGUCUGGUCAAUGCAGAGUGGCAGACUGUUAGAUGUCUUAUCAGGCCAUGAAGGUCCCAUCAGUAGUCUGUGUUUUAACCCAAUGAAGAGUAUCUUAGCUAGUGCCUCUUGGGAUAAAACGGUCAGACUCUGGGAUAUGUUUGAUAGCUGGAGAACCAAGGAGACACUAACACUGAACUCAGAUGUUCUUGUUGUUGCUUUCCGCCCUGAUGGCAAUGAACUUGCAGUUGCUGCCCUGGAUGGACAGAUAACUUUCUGGAAUCAUGAAAAUGCAGUGCAGACUGGAUCAAUUGAAGGAAGACACGACCUUCAGAUGGGAAGAAAAGAGCUGGACAAAAUAACAGCCAAACAAUCAGCUAAGGCAAAAUCUUUCACUACUCUUUGUUAUUCAGCUGAUGGCCAGUCUAUUCUGGCAGGAGGAUUAUCAAAGUUCGUCUGUAUUUAUCAUGUGAAGGAACAGAUUCUUAUGAAGAAAUUUGAGAUCUCAUGUAAUCUUUCCUUAGAUGCCAUGGAGGAAUACUUGGAUCGUAGGAAAAUGACUGAAUUUGGCAGCAUGGCGCUGAUUGAUGAUGGGGCUGGGGAUGAGGAUGGUGUUGCCAUUGCUCUUCCAGGUGUAAAGAGAGGUGACAUGAGCGCUCGGCACUUUAAACCAGAGAUAAGAGUGACAUGCCUCCGUUUCUCUCCUACUGGACGAAGCUGGGCAGCAACCACCACAGAAGGCCUUCUCAUCUACUCACUAGACUCCGGACUAAUCUUUGAUCCAUUUGAAUUGGACAUUGACAUCACACCUAGCAGUGUGCACAAAGUGCUGAAUCAGAAGGAGUACACCAUGGCCAUCGUCAUGGCCUUCCGACUGAAUGAGAAGAAAUUAAUUCAAGAGGUCAUAGAGACUGUACCGUGUAAUGAAGUUGAAGUUGUCUGCUCAUCGCUCCCAGAGCUGUAUGUGGAGAAGGUGCUCGAGUUUAUAGCUUCUGCCUUUGAGACAUCUCAUCACUUGGAAUUCUAUCUUACUUGGGCUCAGCGGUUACUGAUGCUACAUGGACAGAAGUUAAAAACAAGGUCAGGGAAGCUGCUGCCCAUGAUUCAGUUCCUUCAGAAGAGCAUCCAACGUCACUUUGAAGAUGUUUCUAAACUCUGUGAAUGGAAUCGCUAUAAUAUUAAAUAUGCUUUGGCCAUUUCCCAACAACGGGGCAUGAAACGUCCCGCAGAAACAUCAGUGAGUGAAGAGGAGUUGGAGGAUUCUAACAGCGAUUAUCUUAUGGAAGAGGCAAGCACACUUUCAUAGGACAACUGAUUUUUCCCUUAAUUUUCCUAUUUCUUUUUGUUUUUUGGGGACCUACAGAAGCAAUCACUUGCGCCAGUGGUAUUCCCUGAGAUUAAGUGGCCCUCAUACUGGCUUAUUUUGUAUAUGUUGUGAUAUAGGCUUGGAGUAAUCUGCAAAGAUACAGAAGCUGGUUUGAUUUAGGAUAGCUAAAGUGUAGUCCAUACAGUCCCUAAAACAUGGCUUACGGCCUCCCUCUUCCCGUAACUGAGGGAGCGAGGACGAACCUGAUCAGCUAGAUUUGUAUCUGAACUCAGACAAGAGGAUACUUGUGUUCAUCUGUCAAUAAAGAUAAAAGCACAAGUAAAAUUGUUUGGUGCGUUUAUUUUUGAUAAAAUGUAUAUACAUAUACAGGCAUUUUAGGCAUUGCAAGUCACUCUCUGAAGUCUGUGCUGUCACAAUAUUUCUGUGCCCUGGAUUAAACUCUUUUUUAGUCA